GUUAAGCCCGGUGGGUGGUCGUCGGCGGACGUCGCGGGCCGCUGCGUCAUGUCACCCUGGCUGAUGCGCGGAUAGAUGUUGUGGACGUGGUCCAGUAUCAGUUGCGACGGGUUAUCAACUUUGGCGUCAGCACAAAGAGGUCCACGACAACAACAAGCCACAACGUGCAACGUGACGAUCCUGGAAGCUUCACACGCCUUGACCUCCGCCAACCACCCAGUGUUCUGUCGUCAUGGGAGUGACAUUCUCAUCCCUCUGGUCGCGCCUCUUCGCGCGCAAGGAGACCAAGGUCCUGAUCCUGGGUCUCGACAAUGCGGGCAAGUCGACCAUCCUGUACCGUAUCACGAUGGGCAGCGUCGUCGCGUCGGCGCCGACAGUGGGCUCGAACCACGAGAUUUACGACUACAAAGGCGUGCGGUUCGGGCUGAUCGACCUCGGCGGCCAGAGCUCUCUGCGGUCCAGCUGGAACCAGUACUUUGCCGAGACGGAGGCGAUUAUCCUCGUCAUCGACUCGAACGACCCCGCGCGUCUGAAUCUCGCCAAGCAGGAGCUGCAGAAGCUGGUCAAGGCCGAGGAACUGCGGACGGCCCUGCUCUUGGUCCUGGCCAACAAGCAGGACCUGCCAGCGUCCGAGGGACGCCUGACCCCCGCACAGGUCUCGGAAGGGCUCGGCCUCACUGAUCUCCGCGAGCGCGAGUGGCAAAUCAUGGGCUGCAGCGCGCUCACCGGCCUCGGACUGUUCGAGGGUAUGGACUGGCUCGUGACCAAGCUGUCGGCAAAGUAGGCCGCGGCGCCGGCCGAGCCUCGCCAACCUCUCACCUCACACCUCACCUCACGACGACGCACGACACGACGUCCGUACCGCGCCGUACGCGACGCCAAAAUGUAACAUGUACGGCUGCCUUAUUUCUCCAGCAUUUUCGGGGGUUUCAUACACCUUGACACACUACUACGCGUCUAAGGAAGGUUUCUUGUUUGACAAUGAUGGUUGAAUGUGUUGACAAUGGCUUGAUUUGGUUUGGUUUGACAGAUAAUAAUGGCUUGACGACAGCGACGUCGACUCUAUAGACGGCACAAAUACACAGUGUUCUUCUUCUCCAGAUCCCAUACCCCAGCUUCUGCUGCUAUUGUUCAGGCGCGCACGGCAUCAGCGUACGACUCGUGGCCGACCGUCUUGUCGCGGUCUCCGUCUGCGUCGGACGACGUCGUGGUCGUCGUGUCCUCGAGCUCGAGCUCGCCAACAAUGACGGCCGCGUCGUCCUCGUGGUCGACGUGCUCCCAGUCGUCCUCCUCGUCCUCAGACAGGGGCUGCACGGGCUCGAGCGCAGGCGUCGGGGGCGAGCUGAGUGCGCCGUCCGGCCGCUCCCCAAGCGUCGACGGCGCAGUCUCGGGCGUGCGCCACUGCCACAGCGAGGGGCGCGGGCUGGCGGGCGCAGGCGCCGCCGCUGGCGUCGGCGUCGUCGGCUGGUCGGCGUCGAGCGCGAGCACCUGCGGGCGGGGGACAAAGUCGAAGCCGAGCGCCGCGGCUGCGCCGGUACGCUUGGGCCGUCCGCGCCCGUCGAUCAAGGCGUCAAGCGGCACCUCGUUGGCUCCUGCUGCCGGGGCUGGUGGCGUCGGCGAGCGCGAGAGACUGGCGCCGACGGAGCGCGCGGCCGCGACGGCGCUGCUCUCCGGCGUCGCGGUGCGCGAGAUGAGCCGGAUGCCGCUGAGCGUGUUUGGCGCGCUCGACGGCCCGAAUGCGAACGGGGGCAGGUAGGCCAUCUCUGCGCGCGAGUCGGCGACGAGGCUCUGUGUCGUGCCCGCGCGCGACGUCGCGUACAGCGACUUGCGGGGGAUGGCGGUGCCGGGGCGGCGGUGGCGCGUGUUGUGGGCUGGGACGGGGCGGGGUGGGAUCGGCAUUGCGGGGGCGUCGGUGGGUGGGUGGUGGGGAGGGCCAAGGGAGGGAUGGGGAGGGGUCGCUCAAGUAGUGAUGGUGAGGAUGAGGAUGAUGGGCGGUGUGGUGGCGCGAGGAGGAGAAGAAGGCGCGAAGCACGCAAUGAGAUCGAUGCGAUGCGCGAGAAGGAGAAUGCAAGAGGAGAAUGAGAUGCAGAUGCAGCCAGCGUCUAGUCGUCUAGUCGACGUGACGUGCCCCGACGGCGGCGGCGGCGUGGGGUGGACCGGCCGGGUAGUGAGGGCUGGCUGGUGGCCGGGUGAGUGGGUGAGUGGGUGGGUGGCGAACGUGUCUUCCCUGGCCGGCGCCUUCCUUGGCGUGGUGUGAUCGCGCGCGUGUUGACAAGACCGGUCGGGUCGGGUAAUAUAGCGAGGCGUCAACAACGAGGUG